GGCCCCGCCUCAGAGCACCCCAAACUUGACACCAUGAAGAUCCCAGUUCUUCCUGCUGUGGCUCUUCUCUCCCUGCUGGUGCUCCACUCUGCCCAGGGGGCAGCCCUGGGGAGUCCUGAGGAAGAAGCUACCAUUGCAAAUUAUGCAUUAGGAUCAGAGGCCUUUAACAAUCAGUUCCUGAAUAUUGGCAAAUGGAAAAAUAAUUUCAACACUGAUGAAUUCCUGAACUGGCAUGCCCUCAUAGAGUUCAUCAAAAAGUCAUUUCCUUUCUUUAACUGGGAGGUCUUUCCCAAGCUGAAAGGAAUGAGGAGUGCAGUUCCUGAUUCCCAGUGACCAUUCUCUUCAAGAUCUAGGACUGCUGAUCCUCACUGGAAGAGCCUCACUGAAAAAUCUGAUUUCUAUCCUACAGUGACUCUUUCCUGGUUCAAUACACUAAUAAAAUGCUUUCCACCCAGC